AAAUGUCGUCACACCGAAGAAACCCCUCCCCCUCUCUGCAAAAAAUCCCCCAAAAUAUGGACUGCGACAGGCGGGCUCCGGCGGCCUCAUCGGUCCUCGGCGACGACGACCUCCUCCGCGAGAUCCUCAUCCGCCUCGGCUUCCCCAACCUCCUCGUCCGCGCCGCCCUCGUCUCCAAGCGGUGGCUCCUCCACGCCUCCGAUCCGGUCUUCCUCCGCCGCUUCCGCGACCGCAACCCGCCCCGCGUCCUCGGCGUCUGCGCCGGCUACUCCGCGAGACCGUACAAGUUCGUGCCUCUCCCGCAGCCCCCGGAGCUCGCCGCCCUCUCACGCCGCGCGGCCUCCUCCUGCGCCGACGCCUUCGCCCUCGGAGGCCAGCGCAUCGAGCACUGCCGGAACGGCCGCCUCAUCGUCGACUCCCUCCGCAGGGGAACAUUCAACCACUCCGUCCUUGCGCCGCUGCUCUCCGGGGAGCCCGAAGCGGUCCUCCCACCGAUCCCGCCGCCCGGCCGUCACCCGGGGCAGCCCGCUCAAGGGGCAUUCACUCACAUUUUCCUACCCGAGGAUGGGGGGUGCAACGGCAUCACCUUGGUGAAUCUGUGGAAGGUCCAGCGAGAAGUCCGCGCGGAGGUGUACGUGUUGGGAGCCGGCGGAUGGGGCGCCCCUUCCACCGCCGUGACAGAGAUUGAGCUCCAGUAUGCUGCAACCUUCUUUGCAAAAAUGCUACCACCUGUCCAUGGCAAGGUCUUCAUGGUGACCGGCUUUGGGUACACCCUGGGUCUAGAUUUGGCCGCGGCAAGGUUCGUGAUGCUAGAGCUACCAGCUGGAGUGCAGUACAAUUACAUGCUCUCAUGUGCGGAGGGUUCCGGGAUCUAUCUUGUGACGGCAGACCGGUUUCAGCUCAGUGUGUGGCUCCAUCAGAUGACAGGCGACAACCAUGGCGCGGGCGGCUGGCUCUUGGUGGACACUUUUUCUGUUCUUGAGGCAUGCAUACGUCUUGCGGGUGACAAUUGGGUGUCUUAUGAAUAUGUUAAUGUGGUCGUAGUUGGAGACAAUGCCGACUUUGUAUUCUUGGAUCAUCCAGCAAGCGGUGUUCUCUUUUAUGUUCAUCGCAGUAGCAGGGUGGUUAAGAAGGUGUAUCAGAGGACGGCAGAUGAACAUGUGUGUAGAGGCGUGGCUGUACGUAUCUCCCCUGUUAUGACGACCUGGCCACCUAUCUUCCCAGCACUGAGCAUAGGACAUGAUCAAGGGGAAUGAUCCCCUGUGUUUGAUCUAUUUAAUAUCGUCACUGAGUAUGACUUCUGUAAUAUAGGAAGGUAUGUACUUUCAGUUAUUUCUCUUCCUAGAACACUAGAUGUUCCAGUCAUGUAUGUUGGAUACUUUUCAUUUCAAUAAAAAAACCUGAAGUUUGCAGAA